UGGCCGUACAAAACAUACAGUACAGACCUCCCAGCUCCGCGUUUAUCCAACUCCUCCGACACAUACUGGGAGCAGCUUUUAUAAGACGUGUGUAAAAUAUGGAGGCUUUGUAGUGAAGUGACGGGAUUAUAGACGCUGGAUACUUCCUCUGCCACUCUUUCCCUCUGGACACUUGGACACUCCUUAAUUUUUGUUCGCUCGAUGUGGACCGAGUUCAGCAGGGAUCCCAGCAGACAGUCCCUGGUGGUUUGUGUAUAGGAAAUGGCAACUGCUCUCAGUGGCCGAAACCCUGGAGGACGAGGGCCGAACAGAAGUAAGGGUCGGAUUUUAGGCAUCAUCGAUGCAAUCCAUGAUGCAGUGGGGCCGCCGAAACAAGCGGCUGCCGACCGGCGGACUGUGGAGAAAACCUGGAAACUCAUGGAUAAAGUUGUUCGCCUCUGCCAAAAUCCCAGACUCCAGCUGAAAAACAGUCCGCCAUACAUCUUGGAUAUCUUACCUGAUGCCUACCAGCACCUGCGGCUUACACUGGGCAAAUAUGAAGAGAACCAGAGACUCACACAGCUCAGUGAAAACGAGUAUUUUAAAAUCUACAUCGACAGCCUUAUGAGGAAAUCCAAACGGGCCAUCAGACUCUUUAAAGAGGGAAAGGAGAGGAUGUAUGAGGAGCAGUCACAGGACAGGAGGAACCUGACCAAGCUGUCUCUGAUCUUCAGCCACAUGCUGGCUGAAAUCAAAGCCAUCUUUCCUGGAGGACAGUUCCAGGGGGACACUUUCAGGAUCACCAAAGCUGAUGCCGCUGACUUCUGGAGGAAAUUUUUUGGAGAAAAGACAAUAGUGCCGUGGAAAGUAUUCCGACAGUGCCUUCACGAAGUGCAUCCCAUCAGCUCAGGCCUGGAGGCCAUGGCUCUCAAAUCCACCAUCGACCUCACCUGCAACGACUACAUCUCUGUGUUUGAGUUCGACAUUUUCACACGCCUCUUCCAGCCGUGGGGAUCAAUUCUGAGGAACUGGAAUUUCCUGGCGGUGACACACCCUGGCUACAUGGCCUUCCUUACAUAUGAUGAAGUCAAGGCCCGACUGCACAAGUACAUCAACAAGCCUGGCAGUUAUAUCUUCAGACUGAGCUGUACACGGCUGGGCCAGUGGGCCAUUGGCUAUGUGACUAAUGAUGGCAACAUACUGCAGACCAUCCCCCACAACAAACCGCUGUUCCAGGCCCUCAUUGAUGGCUACAGAGAGGGCUUCUACUUGUUCCCCGAUGGUCGCAGUUACAAUCCUGACCUCACUGGUUUAUGUGAGCCGACGCCUCAUGAUCACAUCAAAGUGACACAAGAGCAGUAUGAGCUGUACUGUGAAAUGGGCUCCACCUUCCAACUCUGUAAGAUCUGCGCUGAGAAUGACAAAGACGUCAAGAUUGAACCCUGCGGUCACCUCAUGUGUACUUCCUGUCUCACAGCCUGGCAGGAAUCGGAUGGUCAGGGUUGUCCAUUCUGUCGUUGUGAGAUCAAAGGCACAGAGCCCAUCAUUGUUGAUCCCUUUGACCCAAGGAAUGAGGGCAACAAGUGCUUUUUCCUGGACCAGCACAGCUGUCCCAUGCUGGAGCUGGAUGAUGAGGAAGACAGAGAGGACUGCCUGGUGAUGAAUGGACUGGCCAACAUCAGGAAGCACUGUGCAGAGCGUCAGAACUCGCCCAUGGUGUCUCCCAGCUCUUCACCUGUCAGCCAACACAGAAAAGUCCAGGGUGGAGACACCAGCCACUGUGUCCAGCACCUCGGCCUUCCCCCAGUCCCGCCACGACUCGACCUCAUCCAGAAGGGUGCCAUCCGUUCCCCGUCUGCCAGUCCCACCGGCUCCCCGAAGUCAUCACCAGGCAUGUCCAGGAAACAGGACAAGCCUCUCCCAGCCCCGCCUCCUCCCCAGAGGGACCCACCUCCACCGCCUCCUCCUGAGCGUCCCCCUCCCAUCCCCCCAGAGUCGCGUCACUCUUGGCUCCCAGGUUCCUCCUCCUUAUCUUCUUCCAUCUCAUCUUCUACUGGCACGCUGUCAGACUCCCAGAUGCCCCCUGAGACACGAUGUCCCAAAGACAGCCACUUUGCAGAUGCCCACAGGACUGGAUCGGAGCACCCGCUCCAGCUGGAACCCAGCGGCCCCUCUCACCUUAACGGAAGACCGCUCAGUUGUCCGUCAGCUGGAUUUGGGAGGUUACAUCACAGAAUGGAGGGAGCAGGAACCUCAGAGAGCUCCAAGCCCUUCUCUAAUGGUGUGCAAGUCAGCGAUGAGUAUGACAUCCUUCCCUCACGGCACUCGCCAACGCAGUCCUCGCUUGCCUGUAGCCACAAACCUUCCAACCCUUUCAGCAGUCCUGUGAUAGAACGACAGCGGGGAGGGAUGGAGAGAGCGGAGGACGAUUACCAGAUCCCUUCAUCCAACCUCUGCCUGAGCCAGGCGCCCAUCUGCAUCUCUGUACCCAGCAGGCACUUGGAGAACGGCUCUCCAGAGCCCUCCAUCGACGAGAAGAAGUCCCAGCCACCCGAGCCUGGUGGACACUCCGAGUCAGUCAGGGGCUUGGUCCCACGGGUGCCACACACUGCCCCCUGCCCCUUCAGCACCAACAAGAUACCCUCCGACUAUGACAUUCUGUUGCCUCCACAAGCAUUAGAAGACCCCUUCAACAGCCGCCCUCCGUCCCAGCCUCCUCCUCCACCGGCACGGCACAGUUUCAUCGACCUCUCCUCCUCUUCUUCGUCCUCAUUCUGCAGCUCCUCCACAUCCUCAUCCUCUGUCACUGCACGACCACACAGGCCCUCCUCUGGACACGAGCACUUGCUGUUAACCCCCGACACGGUGUUUGACAUGCUGAACAGUGCUGCUCCUCUUUUACCAGCCAGUCAAGUAUCGAUGGACUGUUUGCAGGCCCCUGCCAGGCCGCCCAAACCACUGCCCAGAAAGAUCCCUCCGGACAUUCAGCCGAGCAAACCCCAUAGUCUGGAGUCAGAGAACGUGGACGCCAAAAUCGCCAAGCUGAUGGGGGAGGGUUACUCUUUUGAGGACGUGAAGCGGGCACUGAUGAUCGCCCAGUACAAAGUGGACGUGGCCCGACACAUUCUGCGAGAGUUUGCCUUAGUGGCCCCGAGGCUGAACCUCUAGUCUUAGAGACAGUGAAAGGGGAGCACAACAAUGAAGCUGUGCCUCUGAAUGAACUGAACUAAAAGGGCUUCUUCAUUCUGCUCGGCCUGGGACUGUUGUAACUACAGUUAUCAACAGAAAUAUUUCAAGACAAUUGCCUUUUGUUGCCGAACAGAGACGAUGAUGCACAACAAAGUGGCUAAAACCAAAUCACAGUAGAACACAGAGAAUAAAAAAAAAGGGAGAAAAGACCAUCUGUGAAUGAUUUAAACCUGUGAAAAAAAGAAACCAGGCUUGGUGUUGUUUACAGUGAGCUGUGCCGGUGCUGGCCUCUGGUUUUCAAACGCUCCUGUUUGUCUCCAGGCUUGGACUGUAUGCCUGUUUAAUGGCCUAAUCCUGCUACUGCUGCUACUGUUCCUUUCACAUCCUGCCACUCUCCUGAUUAGGUUUGAAGGGCCUUUCAAUAGAGCAAGACAUCUCUAGCUCUUUUUUAGCCGAACAUGCACAGCCAAUGUGUAGGGGUCAUUUUUAUUUACAACCAGUGGGGGGAGCCAGACUCCACCGUUUCUCUUCUCUAACUCCUUUUUUACUUUCCUCUCUACAUGUCUGCUAUUUCACCCACUCUCUGCUCUUCCUUCGUGUGUUGCCCAUUAGAGGAUACUCCAUUAUUUGCCCAAGGUCUGACUGACUUGUAGGUCGUAACAAGGUGUGGUGAGUCAGGAGCAGUUAAAUGGAGCCAGAGGAUGCCUUAUUGAUUCACUUGUUUCCCUCAGACCUGGAGAAAACUGUGCGACACCUCCAGACAAGCACUCUUGUUGGACUUGGUAUCUUAUUUGGACAAGAGGAGGGAAACAGGAAGAGGAUAGAAGGUUUAUUUUCUCCUUGUUUCCGUUCCAAGACUAGGGGAUUCAUUAGCUGGUGCUUUUUUUUUUUUUUUUUUUUUUUUAACUUUCUUCAUCUGAGCACAGCAAGCCUAUGAAUGUAUCUAUUCUGUUUGAGUGAUCUACACCUUUGUACACUGAGCUCCUCUCAGGCCCCCAUCUUGCCCUUAAGUGACUAAGUGGUGGAAAUGUUUAAUGUUUGUGGAAUUCUCUUAAUUUCUCCAUGACAAAAGCCAGAGUGCCUGCAUUUCAGCUCAAGCAUUUAAAUGACAGGAGUGAGCCAGACGUCGCUGAUAGAGACGAUGUGCUCUGCAGCCGCCUGUCGCCACUUCAAUUACACAGCCAUCAUGUGCUGAAAAUGUCCACAUUCCCCACGUGUCUGAGGAAUCGCUGUCAGUCUGAUUUGCAGUAAUUAUGCAUCUUCUCUGUGGGGUUAUAGUGUGAAUACAGCAGAGACGAACAGAGUACUGCAGAGCAUUCAAACACUGAGAUGAGUCAUAUGCACCUUCACAAUGCAGUAGCGUGAAGUUAAAAGCCCCUUAACCCAGAAUCUGGAAUCAGGUGUAUUUCUCCAUAAUGACUGCAAGAUAUCUCACCAGUGCAAAUAUUGGGUUUGUUCAAAUGCAAAAUUAUUUUUUAUCCUUUUUCCUUUUCAGAGCGGUAUGCAAGCUGUUGGCAGAUCUGUGAUAGAUCUGUUAGGGGUGCAGUUUGCAAUAAGACAGGGCUAUGUUUACCCGGCUGUUGUUCUCAUACUAAUUAAAGGAUAAUUAGAGUUUGCAAUUUGGGAUUUAAUUUUAUUCUUUUGACCAUUGGUUAUGGUGACAUUGUAUUCACCAAAAUAAUUGUUCAGACCUGGAUCUAGGAACACUGUGACAUCAAUACAUUUCUACAGAUGAGGACAAACUUUUUUUGUUUCUUCCUCCACAUAAGUUUGUCUAACCUGGGGAUUUCUUUAAAACAUGUCUGGAUCCUCCCAUUUAUUUCCCAGUUUGCAACCCAGUUGCAUGAAAAAGUAUUGGCACUGUAUGUUUCUGCAAACCACGGAUAGAUUACAUUUGUAUGUUAUUGUGUGUCCAGUAGCCCUUUUUACACAAACAUAGUGCUACAGGGCCACCAUGAAGUCCCUUUUUCACGCAGUCUUACGCAGAACCAAACGACAGCAGCAUCAUGCAGCUCCACUGUGUGAUUUUAGACAGCAUGCCAGCAACAUCAGCCUCCAGUGUGGUGUAUAAUAUAUGCAUCGACAGUGGCAUAACAUGGUAAUAACAAUCAUUUACCAUCCCUGUUACAUGGCGGCUGAUCCUGUCCUCUGCUUGGAGGAGCUCCCAGACUCUUCUUUGAGUUAGCUGCCAACUGCUGAUAGUUGUUUUUUAAAUCUCCCAGCAGUGUGUUGCACACAUAACACAUUGUUGAAACAUCAUACCAAUCUGGUCCCACCCUACCAGCUGUUCUUUUUUUUUACACAGACGUCAAUUUGGUGCUGUUACCAUCCCCUUUGUUUGUUUAAAAGUGAGACAACUCUGUCCCCUCAUUACACAAUUGUAUCUUUUAUACAGAAUGGCGAGGCAGAAUAACAACGUGAAAUUCCCAUCUUGAACAGGCAGUGCAAAAGGGGUGAUUGAAACUUUACAUUUCAACAGCACUGCAGUUAACACGUGAUUAUGUUUAGGCACAAAAGCCACUUGGUUGUGGUUAGAUACCCACUUCUGAUGGCACAAUCCCCGCUGGAAACACAGCAAUGACUCUUUUCGUCACUAUUCCCAGUGGAAAUAGUGAUGACUCGAUAAAAAACAACAGGUGUUGUUGUUUGUUCGUCUACAACAGUGGUCUUGCCUGACAAGCUAUAGACCACACCAUCCACCAUCCCCUCCACCUCCAGAUGACAAAGUCAGCUCAUAUAAUAAAGAUUAAUUAUGACGUUGAUAUGAUACGUAUGAAAUGUCCAAAUGUAACAUGGUUGUGGUUUGCCGAGAUGUACAAUGCAAACAUUUUCUACUACUACUACUACUUUCUGCCACAUGGGCAGCAAUCCGUUGUCAGCAAUUUGAUGAUACAGUGUUCUCCUUACUGAUAAAAACCUAUAUUAUUCUGGUUAGGUCUUUCAUUAAGUUUACUACCUGUAAAAUUUAAAAUGUGAUGACUGAUGACCUCUUGAGACCCUGUAGUAUUUGCGUCCAUAACAGUCGGCACUUCUUCACUGGUUACAGCUAGAUUAUUUAAGAAAAGCUAUUUUAACAAAUCUUAACGGAGAAUUUAUUGUCUGUGAAACAUUGGGCUAACAGAGGUAAACAUUUUAUCUACUGGAGUGUAAAUAGAUGGGUAGAGUGGAUCUUUUCUUCUUGAAAGUACAAUGUGAUAUGUCAAUAUGAUAUGGUAUGUCAUCCUAACUAAUGUAUACCAGGACUGUUGUAACUUUUAUUAUAUUAACAGCCGAUGCAGCAAGCUGAGCUAGGAACCUUGAGACUGUGCAGCAUGUGGGUCUGUGUGUUUCUGAACGAACAAGCAGAGGAAGACCGGGAGAUCCCUUUGUCUGUUUGCACUGAGGUCCCCCCUUUGUGCCUUGAGCUAGACCACAGUGUACCCAGGGACGAGCCGAGUAAACACAGCGACACACAGCAUUGACCCAUUUUCACCUCCACGCUCUCAUUUUUUCUGCAGCCAUUACUAUGCUAGCAAAAUUCAUUUGAGAUGAUGUAUUGUAGUUUUCCUAAUAGAGGAGCCUUAGAGUGUUGAAUGAUGAGGUCUCACACAGCGCUCCUGGUUAAAGAUUGAAUAGUCUGGCUGCAAAAUUGGAAAUGAAAAGGUUCAGCUGGAACAUUCGGAUAAUACAGCAGGAGAAAAUGAUGAUUCCUGUCCUUAAUGACACAGCUCACUAACUUUUUUUUUUUUUUUUUUUUUUUUACAUCCGCUUCUGUUCACAGAGUGAGAGUGUGAAACCAAACGUGAAAGCACUUUCUCAACUUGUGCUGUGUUUUUCUAUGUUGGAAUGCACCAGGCAUCUUAACAGCUUUCAACUACAGUAUGAUUUUAUGAGGUCAUCCUAACCCUGAUUUGACAUUUAUACUUCUAAGUAAACCAUGUUACCAUAGCAACCAACCAAAUUUGCUAUGUGCAUGUAAACAUGUGAGUUUGGCUCUCUGUGCUGCAUGGUCAACCAUGGGAAUAAAAUGAUGCUUGGUGAUGGAGACACAAUACCCAUCAGUGAAUGUGCUCUUAAAGUCAGUAAUGUGGGAGGCACAAAAGAUGUAAUGUUUUAUUUCAUUUAUUAUUUUAGUCAUCUGGUCAGUGUAACAUCAAACGAACGCCCCCACCACCACUACCACCACCACCACCACCAUCCUUACCUUCCUUUUAUAAGCAGCAUGUUAAAGGGGAACACUGCUGUAGUUUAAAGGGGUAGUUCAGACUUUUUUGAAGUGGGGUUGUAUUGGGUACUUAUCCAUAGGCAUUAUAUUACAUACAGUAGAUGUCAGUCAGCACGCCCCCUAGUUUGGAGAAGCAGCCUGGCAUGGAAGCAAAGCAAUCUACUGCUGUGGAAGGGUCAGCAACAAAAUGGAUUUUAGCCAGCUUAAUAAAGUCCCACCUAAAAUAAUGUAUAUGAGAGUAUUUUCUCUGCUUUACCUUGCUGUCAGACAGUGAUUUCCAACUGGAAAAUGGAGCAGUUACAUCGUUCUCUGCAAAGCCAGACUCCUUUGAGAAAAUCGGUGAUUUAUCAUUGCUAAACACAGGAGCUGCUGCCUUGAUCAGUUAUUUUGUUUGUAUUAUUAUGGGGUUAGUCCGAAUUCACCAAAGUCACACAAUAACACAAACUAACUAACUGAUCAAAGUAUUGGUAGUCCAGCAGCUCCAGCAAGCUAAACUUACUGUUUUCUCUCCGAUGGAACGGGCUGUCUGAUAGUGAGGUAAAGCGGUGAAAAUGCUCUCAGCAUAGCACACUCUUAAUCUGAUACUGACUUUUUAAGGUGGGACUUAUUUUAGGUGGCUGAAAUACAUUUUGUUGCUGACCCCCAUCCACAGCAGUACAUUGCUUAGCUUCCAUGUCAAACUCCAGCCUGCUUCUCCAAACUGGGGGCCUGCUGACUGACAUCUACUGUAUGGAAUACACUCACUAUGGAUAAGUACCCCAUACAACCCCAAUUAAAAAAUUCAGAACUAUCCCUUUAACAUAUGUUAAUAUUGAAGCCUAAAAGAGAGAAUUAGUGAUAAUGAGCGAUGCUGUGUGCAAAGAGGAAGUCUGAGAACCAAGUCUCUAAUCUCUGUUAUCAUCCUGCACACACACAUUCAUAAAGCAUUUUUGCAGCACAGCCAUAAAAGUAUGUCAGCUAAACAAAAACACACAUAUAAACAUAUAAUUAAGCACUUAGAUAAUGCUUAGUCAUCAGCUUAGCAGCUUUGUCUGCUCCCGGAACUCACCAAGUUCAUUUACAUUUCAACAUUCAAAUGAUGUUUAUUGUCACAGUUUGUACUGAAGCAGAAAAUCCCUGCAAAGAAAUCUGUAAAACCACUCUGCAUUUCUAACUCCCGGAUUAGAGUGCUGUUAAUGUUGCAGAUUAGACGAUGAUUUAAGACUCGUCUGGUUUAUUUCUAGUAGAGCGAGCCACCACACAUAUUCACAUAUGAAAAUGUAGUGGCAUUCCCCUUUAACUUGAGGCUUCAUUUUUGCACUGGUCUGUUUUCACUUUUAUUUUCUCAAACUUGAACUACUCGGAGCUUAGUAUUGUCCAUUCCAUUGGACUCCCUCGUGAAGGGGGUAAGUGGCCUUAGGUUGCAAAGGGCAGUUUUUAUUUUCUAAUGCCAUUCGUAUUAAUGUGCUUUGGUGACAAAAAAGUGAUAUGAUGAUAAUAUGUAAAGCAUAGAGUAAUGUGCAAUUAAUUUAUACAUUAUUAAUGCUUUUUUUCUUGAUAUGUUAUUUUCAUGGAUAAGUAAAUAAAAAGUCACGGUUCCUUUGUUUUAGUUAAUGUUCUGUGUGUGUGUGUGUGUGUGUGUGUGUGUGUGUGUGUGUGUGUGUGUGUGUU